UCCGUAGUGAAGAGAGGUUGCAGGUAACUCUGGGAAAUACUCAACACAAAAAAAUACUGUUUUAAUUAAAAGUCUGCGCUGUUUAUAUGUGAGGAAUUUGGUGAAAGCAAUCACGAGUCUCAAUAAGCUGCAGAAUUGACCGCGGAUCCAAGGUAAGGUCGUGUGGUCUUAGUGUGCCGUGGCUGCUUGUCCUGGAUGGUUCAGCCAGGCUAUAUGGCCUGCUAGUUAGCUAGCUAGCUUCAUUCCUCCUCUCUCAUGCACAGAUUUCACCCUCGUAUGGCACUAAAAUGAUUAAUGUGGUACUCGGUCACAUCGAUACUCUAAUGGAUUCACGUCUGAAUUAAUUUAGACGUUGAGAAAUGGCGCUGGGAGUAAAAAUAAAUAAAAAUGAAGUGAUAUGUUGGCAUCGCGGGUAGCCAGAAUGGUGGCGGUGUUUGUUUGGUUUCAGACACCACAUUGCUGUAUUCCGGGUCAUGCAGCGAGGCCGGAGUUUGGUUUCAGACACCACAUUGCUGUAUUCCGGGUCAUGCAGCGAGGCCGGAGUUUGGUUUCAGACACCACAUUGCUGUAUUCCGGGUCAUGCAGCGAGGCCGGAGUUUGGUUUCAGACACCACAUUGCUGUAUUCCGGGUCAUGCAGCGAGGCCGGAGUUUGGUUUCAGACACCACAUUGCUGUAUUCCGGGUCAUGCAGCGAGGCCGGAGUUUGGUUUCAGACACCACAUUGCUGUAUUCCGGGUCAUGCAGCGAGGCCGGAGUUUGGUUUCAGACACCACAUUGCUGUAUUCCGGGUCAUGCAGCGAGGCCGGAGUUUGGUUUCAGACACCACAUUGCUGUAUUCCGGGUCAUGCAGCGAGGCCGGAGUUUGGUUUCAGACACCACAUUGCUGUAUUCCGGGUCAUGCAGCGAGGCCGGAGUUUGGUUUCAGACACCACAUUGCUGUAUUCCGGGUCAUGCAGCGAGGCCGGAGUUUGGUUUCAGACACCACAUUGCUGUAUUCCGGGUCAUGCCGAGGCCGGAGUUUGCUGUAUUCCGGGUCAUGCAGCGAGGCCGGAGUUUGGUUUCAGACACCACAUUGCUGUAUUCCGGGUCAUGCAGCGAGGCCGGAGUUUGGUUUCAGACACCACAUUGCUGUAUUCCGGGUCAUGCAGCGAGGCCGGAGUUUGGUUUCAGACACCACAUUGCUGUAUUUCACGUCAUGCAGUGAGGCCGGAGUUUGGCGCCAAGGCCGUCAGUAUUUUGUCCCUGUCUUGGAUGUAUGUUUUGUAGUGUUGGACUAUUGUUCGACCCAACAUGCAUGGUUUUACAGAAUGUAUAUUGUAUUGAGUGGCAGGUGCCGGGGUUUGUUGAUUCGUUUUAGGAAACGUGUCGUUUGUAGAGGUACAUGGAGGAUAGUUGAUUUGACGUUCUUAUUUACAUGCUGUGAUCCCAUGUUACUGUUGGUUAGUUAGAUAGCAAAUUGAGUUAGCCUAUGCUUAGACUUGUCAGUUGAUGGUGUACUUCUGUGAAUAACGUAGUAAGUUAGACAAUGCACUUUAUUAUCAUGAAAAUAACGGUCCUUUUCGUAAUUGAGCAAAGUUAAUCUAUGGAACGAACUCAUGAUAAACCAGAGCCUGUCGUUUCCAAUGGGAGCAAAUUAAUCAUAGUGGGCAGAACAAGCAAGGAUGUGGGCAGAGCCAAGCAAGAGCUAGUGAGAUCCUAUUGGUGCGUUCUAGCAUAUAUUUGCAUAUUUCCGUUAGGUAACGCCCACGUUGUGAAGUGAGCAUGUGCAAUAAUUCAAUUCGCCCUGGCGCUCCUAAACAAUGCAAUUUUUUUACAACUUUGGCAUAGGGUAAAGUCUACAAAACGCAGUCCACUGUUUGUUACAGAUUCUAGUUUUGGAAACAGAACUGUAUGGAGAUCAAAUGUUUAAUCAAUGAGGAAAUUUGUAAAAUGUAGGGAGAAAUCCAUCUUGAUCUAUCUUCUCCCACUUCCGGCUACUGGGCUUCCUCUCAUCACCAUAUUUGGUAGUGAGAGGAAACGCAACCGGAUGCUUCACAUUUAUGUGUGAAUAGAAUUCUAGAAUGCUGCUGUAGAUUACUGAGAAUUUAAGAUGAAGCUAAUUUCGAACAAACAGACAGAUCAAGAACAAAUAACUUAGUUUUAAAGAGCACAACCUCUUCUUUAAUGACACCACAUUUCAUGUCAAUAGGAAUAAGUAAUUAUGUAAAGCGAAUAACACUCAACACAACAAACUGAAAAGACACAACAAAUAUCCACGAUUACAACCAAUUGAUUACAGCUAGGAUGCACAUUUUUGUCAAUUUUGCUGCCUACUAACUGACCCUCAUUAACAGGUUAACAAACAGUAAAAUUAGUGACCAACAGAAAAUACUAUAAGAGAUCUGUAUAUGGGUCAAUGAUGAAUAAGGAUUUCAAAAUGGGAGAAUAUAAAAAUGUGUUAAAUGCUAAUUAAAGUUAUUUCUUCCUUCAUUAGAGUGGUGUGUGUGUCUGUGAGAUAUAUAAAUACAUACAUACAGUACCAGUCAAAAGUUUUAGAACACCUACUCAUUCAAGAGUUUUUCUUUAUUCUGUUUUACAUUGUAGAAUAAUAGUGAAGACAUCAAAACUAUGAAAUAACACAUGGAAUCAUGUUGUAACCAAAAAAAGUGUUAAACAAAUCCAAAUCUAUUUUAUAUUUAAGAUUUUUCAAAUAGCCACCCUUAUCCUUGACAGCUUUGCACGCUUUUGGCAUUCUCUCAACCAGCUUCACCUGGAAUGCUUUUCCAACAGUCUUGAAGGAGUUCCCACAUAUGCUGAGCACUUGUUGGCUGCUUUUCCUUCACUCUGCCGUCCGACUCAUCCCAAACCAUCUCAAUUGGGUUGAGGUCGGGGGAUUGUGGAGGCCAGGUCAACUAAUAGCCCUUACACAGCCUGGAUGUGUGUUGGGUCAUUGUCCUGUUGAUAAACAAAUGAUAGUCCGACUAAGCCCAAACCAGAGUGGUCCCAGCCCCCUACCAGAUGUAUUGUCUAGUGGUCCCAGCCCCCUACCAGAUGUAUUGUCUAGUGGUCCCAGCCCCCUACCCACAGCUAUUGACCGUGUUCUCCUACCACAGCUAUUCUAUCUAUGGACUCAUAAUGACAUGUAAUCUGUCUACAGGGAUGAGAAGAGGUUGGUUGGAGUGCACCAGAGGAAGACUUUGUGACUUGACAUUUAUGGUGAGUUGUCUCCAUGGUGAGUUGUCUCCAUGGUGAGUUGUCUCCAUGGUGAGUUGUCUCCAUGCUUCUGUGCUGCUUGCUGAUGUGUCGGCAUCGACAGGCCCCUCCCAGUUAGGGGGUGUGAUGAGCUCUACAGCAGUAAUUGUCUCUGGCCCCUCCCAGUUAGGGGGAGGAGUGAUGAGCUCUACAGCAGUAAUUGUCUCUGGCCCCUCCCAGUUAGGGGGAGUGGUGAGCUCUACAGCAGUAAUUGUCUCUGGCCCCUCCCAGUUAGUAUGAGCUCUACAGCAGACUCACACAACUCAAUUGCUGGUUGGAAACUGUUUUCUGCCUCCCAAAAGAUAGAAUUUGUAGAUAAAUGGCCCUCUUUCUGGGACUCACCCACAAACAGGACCAAGCCUGGCCUGCUGAGGAGUGAUGGACUCCAUCCUAGAUGGAGGGGUGCUACAGGACCAAGCCUGGCCUGCUGAGGAGUGAUGGGACUCCAUCCUAGCUGGAGGGGUGCUACAGGACCUGGCCUGCUGAGGAGUGAUGGACUCCAUCCUAGAUGGAGGGGUGCUACAGGACCAAGCCUGGCCUGCUGAGGAGUGACGGACUCCAUCCUAGCUGGAGGGGUGCUACAGGACCAAGCCUGGCCUGCUGAGGAGUGAUGGACUCCAUCCUAGCUGGAGGGGUGCUACAGGACCAAGCCUGGCCUGUUGAGGAGUGAUGGACUCCAUCCUAGCUAGAGGGGUGCUACAGGACCAAGCCUGGCCUGCUGAGGAGUGACGGACUCCAUCCUAGCUGGAGGGGUGCUACAGGACCAAGCCUGGCCUGCUGAGGAGUGACGGACUCCAUCCUAGAUGGAGGGGUGUUACAGGACCAAGCCUGGCCUGCUGAGGAGUGACGGACUCCAUCCUAGCUGGAGGGGUGCUACAGGACCAAGCCUGGCCUGCUGAGGAGUGACGGACUCCAUCCUAGAUGGAGGGGUGUUACAGGACCAAGCCUGGCCUGCUGAGGAGUGAUGGACUCCAUCCUAGCUGGAGGGGUGUUACAGGACCAAGCCUGGCCUGCUGAGGAGUGAUGGACUCCAUCCUAGCUGGAGGGGUGCUACAGGACCAAGCCUGGCCUGCUGAGGAGUGAUGGACUCCAUCCUAGAUGGAGGGGUGCUACAGGACCAAGCCUGGCCUGCUGAGGAGUGACGGACUCCAUCCUAGUUGGAGGGGUGCUACAGGACCAAGCCUGGCCUGCUGAGGAGUGAUGGACUCCAUCCUAGCUGGAGGGGUGCUACAGGACCAAGCCUGGCCUGCUGAGGAGUGAUGGACUCCAUCCUAGCUGGAGGGGAGCUACAGGACCAAGCCUGGCCUGCUGAGGAGUGAUGGACCCUGGAGGGGUGUUACAGGACCAAGCCUGGCCUGCUGAGGAGUGAUGGACUCCAUCCUAGUUGGAGGGGUGCUACAGGACCAAGCCUGGCCUGCUGAGGAGUGAUGGACUCCAUCCUAGAUGGAGGGGUGUUACAGGACCAAGCCUGGCCUGCUGAGGAGUGAUGGACUCCAUCCUAGUUGGAGGGGUGCUACAGGACCAAGCCUGGCCUGCUGAGGAGUGAUGGACUCCAUCCUAGCUGGAGGGGUGUUACAGGACCAAGCCUGGCCUGCUGAGGAGUGACGGACUCCAUCCUAGCUGGAGGGGUGCUACAGGACCAAGCCUGGCCUGCUGAGGAGUGACGGACUCCAUCCUAGCUGGAGGGGUGCUACAGGACCAAGCCUGGCCUGCUGAGGAGUGAUGGACUCCAUCCUAGCUGGAGGGGUGCUACAGGACCAAGCCUGGCCUGCUGAGGAGUGAUGGACCCAUCCUAGCUGGAGGGGUGCUACAGGACCAAGCCUGGCCUGCUGAGGAGUGACGGACUCCAUCCUAGCUGGAGGGGUGGUACAGGACCAAGCCUGGCCUGCUGAGGAGUGAUGGACCCAUCCUAGCUGGAGGGGUGCUACAGGACCAAGCCUGGCCUGCUGAGGAGUGACGGACUCCAUCCUAGCUGGAGGGGUGGUACAGGACCAAGCCUGGCCUGCUGAGGAGUGAUGGACUCCAUCCUAGCUGGAGGGGUGUUACAGGACCAAGCCUGGCCUGCUGAGGAGUGAUGGACUCCAUCCUAGCUGGAGGGGUGCUACAGGACCAAGCCUGGCCUGCUGAGGAGUGACGGACUCCAUCCUAGCUGGAGAGGAGCUCUCCUUUUCUCUAACAACAUAGGCAGGACUGGAACUCCUCUACAUCCACACUGGCCCCCUUUCGAACAGUCCCACUUUCUUGUCGGUGCGUAGCCGGCAACGGUGAGAGGGGUGGAAACGGGCAGGAAGUGCGUCAUCUCUGCUAAGCUUUGUGAUUGGUCCACCCAAGUGAGAGUCGUGCGUCAGGUCGUCAGUCACAGAGCUUAAGCGUAGUGCGUGCCAAUGUCGCUUCAGGAUUACCACGACGUUUUCAGAGGUGGAGGCAGAUUUUAAAAAAGAAAAUACCACCAUCACAACUAGGUCCCAUAGCAGGUUUUACUGUACUGUGAUUUUUACCCCCUGCAGCUUUCAGAUAUAAAGAAGACGGUAUGAUGGUGCAUGUUUUUGUUUAGAUAUAAAAGGGGUAUGAUAGAUGUUAUUGGAUAUGAUGAAAGUUCUUCAGUCUCCCAUUGGGCUCAUGUAGUUAUUCUCCGUCUCAUUGCUCAGCUUCUCCUGCCUCUCCCCUCCUCCCUGUAGGAUACAUCAGGAUGAAACGGCUCAGGUCUUCAAGCAGCAGUGACAGUUCUGACAAUGAGAGUGAGUUAACUUUCUGAAUAAACAUCAUUACCUAAAACGAUGUGGUUUUUAUUUCUACCUAGUGUAUAUGUAUUUCUACCUAGUGUAUAUGUAUUUCUACCUAGUGUAUAUGUAUUUCUACCUAGUGUAUAUGUAUUUCUUUGAGCAUGUUUUCCGUUUUCAUCUUGACAAAAAAAACUUCCGAAAAAAACAGGUCAUGCAUGUACCAGGGUUGGCUCAGUUUGAAAUGAAGGCAGUCAAUUCAGGAAGUGUUAAAACGUUUGAAAUAAAUAGCUACUACUUUUCAUUUUAUUGAGAAGUCAUUGAAAAGAAAUGCAAUUUUUUUUUGAUUGAAUUGUAGUUUUAGUUUACUUCCUGAAUUGACUGCCUUCAAUUAGAAUUGAGCCCAGCAGUGGUACGUACGCCCUGUUCCUCUCUCUAACAGGUCCUUCCACUUCCUGCUCCUCCAACAAGUAUGGAAGCAAACCUGGAACCCCCGCUUCCAUGCCCAAGAAACCAGCAGAGGUACAGUAUGAGAAGAACACUGUUUCCAGUCUGUAGGCUGUCUGCUUAUCAUAUCUCUCAGGUUGUGUCCCAAAUGACAACCCCAUAGGGCUCUGGUCAAAAGUAGUGCACCAUUUAGGUAAAAUAAAAUAUAUAAAAAAAAUAGGGUGCCAUUUGGGAUGCAUGGUCAGAAAGCUGCAGCUUCCUGAGUAUUCUUUACAUGCAACAGUGUUGAUACCCCCUCUCCUUCCUCCCCAUGGUAGGGCUCUGUCAGCCUGUUGAUACCCCCUCUCCUUCCUCCCCAUGGUAGAAGGGCUCUGUCAGCCUGUUGAUACCCCCUCUCCUUCCUCCCCAUGGUAGAAGGGCUCUGUCAGCCUGUUGAUACCCCCUCUCCUUCCUCCCCAUGGUAGAAGGGCUCUGUCAGCCUGUUGAUACCCCCUCUCCUUCCUCCCCAUGGUAGAAGGGCUCUGUCAGCCUGUUGAUACCCUCUCCUUCCUCCCCAUGGUAGAAGGGCUCUGUCAGCCUGUUGAUACCCUCUCCCCUUCCUCCCCAUGGUAGAAGGGCUCUGUCAGCCUGUUGAUACCCUCUCCUUCCUCCCCAUGGUAGAAGGGCUCUGUCAGCCUGUUGAUACCCUCUCCUUCCUCCCCAUGGUAGAAGGGCUCUGUCAGCCUGUUGAUACCCUCUCCUUCCUCCCCAUGGUAGAAGGGCUCUGUCAGCCUGUUGAUACCCUCUCUCCUUCCUCCCCAUGGUAGAAGGGCUCUGUCAGCCUGUUGAUACCCCCUCUCCCCUUCCUCCCCAUGGUAGAAGGGCUCUGUCAGCCUGUUGAUACCCUCUCCUUCCUCCCCAUGGUAGAAGGGCUCUGUCAGCCUGUUGAUACCCCCUCUCCUUCCUCCCCAUGGUAGAAGGGCUCUGUCAGCCUGUUGAUACCCUCUCCUUCCUCCCCAUGGUAGAAGGGCUCUGUCAGCCUGUUGAUACCCUCUCUCCUUCCUCCCCAUGGUAGAAGGGCUCUGUCAGCCUGUUGAUACCCCCUCUCCCCUUCCUCCCCAUGGUAGAAGGGCUCUGUCAGCCUGUUGAUACCCUCUCCUUCCUCCCCAUGGUAGAAGGGCUCUGUCAGCCUGUUGAUACCCCCUCUCCUUCCUCCCCAUGGUAGAAGGGCUCUGUCAGCCUGUUGAUACCCUCUCCUUCCUCCCCAUGGUAGAAGGGCUCUGUCAGCCUGUUGAUACCCUCUCCUUCCUCCCCAUGGUAGAAGGGCUCUGUCAGCCUGUUGAUACCCCCUCUCCCCUUCCUCCCCAUGGUAGAAGGGCUCUGUCAGCCUGUUGAUACCCCCUCUCCCCUUCCUCCCCAUGGUAGAAGGGCUCUGUCAGCCUGUUGAUACCCUCUCCUUCCUCCCCAUGUAGAAGGGCUCUGUCAGCCUGUUGAUACCCCCUCUCCUUCCUCCCCAUGGUAGAAGGGCUCUGUCAGCCUGUUGAUACCCCCUCUCCCCUUCCUCCCCAUGGUAGAAGGGCUCUGUCAGCCUGUUGAUACCCCCUCUCCCCUUCCUCCCCAUGGUAGAAGGGCUCUGUCAGCCUGUUGAUACCCCCUCUCCUUCCUCCCCAUGGUAGAAGGGCUCUGUCAGCCUGUUGAUACCCCCUCUCCCCUUCCUCCCCAUGGUAGAAGGGCUCUGUCAGCCUGUUGAUACCCUCUCCUUCCUCCCCAUGGUAGAAGGGCUCUGUCAGCCUGUUGAUACCCCCUCUCCCCUUCCUCCCCAUGGUAGAAGGGCUCUGUCAGCCAGUUGAUACCCUCUCCCCUUCCUCCCCAUGGUAGGUCUCUGUCAGCCAGUUGAUACCCUCUCCUUCCUCCCCAUGGUAGAAGGUCUCUGUCAGCCUGUUGAUACCCUCUCCUUCCUCCCCAUGGUAGAAGGGCUCUGUCAGCCUGUUGAAACCCCCUCUCCUUCCUCCCCAUGGUAGAAGGGCUCUGUCAGCCUGUUGAUACCCUCUCCUUCCUCCCCAUGGUAGAAGGGCUCUGUCAGCCUGUUGAUACCCCCUCUCCCCUUCCUCCCCAUGGUAGAAGGGCUCUGUCAGCCAGUUGAUACCCUCUCCCCUUCCUCCCCAUGGUAGAAGGGCUCUGUCAGCCUGUUGAUACCCCCUCUCCUUCCUCCCCAUGGUAGAAGGGCUCUGUCAGCCAGUUGAUACCCUCUCCUUCCUCCCAUGGUAGAAGGGCUCUGUCAGCCUGUUGAUACCCCCUCUCCCCUUCCUCCCCAUGGUAGGUCUCUGUCAGCCUGUUGAUACCCUCUCCUUCCUCCCAUGGUAGAAGGGCUCUGUCAGCCUGUUGAUACCCUCUCCUUCCUCCCCAUGGUAGAAGGGCUCUGUCAGCCUGUUGAUACCCCCUCUCCCCUUCCUCCCCAUGGUAGAAGGGCUCUGUCAGCCUGUUGAUACCCUCUCCUUCCUCCCCAUGGUAGAAGGGCUCUGUCAGCCUGUUGAUACCCUCUCCUUCCUCCCCAUGGUAGAAGGGCUCUGUCAGCCUGUUGAUACCCUCUCCUUCCUCCCCAUGUAGAAGGGCUCUGUCAGCCUGUUGAUACCCCCUCUCCUUCCUCCCCAUGGUAGAAGGUCUCUGUCAGCCUGUUGAUACCCCCUCUCCUUCCUCCCCAUGGUAGAAGGGCUCUGUCAGCCUGUUGAUACCCCCUCUCAUUCCUCCCCAUGGUAGAAGGUCUCUGUCAGCCUGUUGAUACCCCCUCUCAUUCCUUCCCAUGGUAGAAGGUCUCUGUCAGCCUGUUGAUACCCCCUCUCAUUCCUCCCCAUGGUAGAAGGUCUCUGUCAGCCUGUUGAUACCCCCUCUCCUUCCUCCCCAUGGUAGAAGGGCUCUGUCAGCCUGUUGAUACCCCCUCUCAUUCCUCCCCAUGUAGAAGGGCUCUGUCAGCCUGUUGAUACCCCCUCUCCUUCCUCCCCAUGGUAGAAGGUCUCUGUCAGCCUGUUGAUACCCCCUCUCCUUCCUCCCCAUGGUAGAAGGGCUCUGUCAGCCUGUUGAUACCCCCUCUCCUUCCUCCCCAUGGUAGAAGGGCUCUGUCAGACUGUUGAUACCCUCUCCUUCCUCCCCAUGGUAGAAGGGCUCUGUCAGCCUGUUGAUACCCUCUCCUUCCUCCCCAUGGUAGAAGGGCUCUGUCAGCCUGUUGAUACCCUCUCCUUCCUCCCCAUGGUAGAAGGGCUCUGUCAGCCUGUUGAUACCCCCUCUCCUUCCUCCCCAUGGUAGAAGGGCUCUGUCAGCCUGUUGAUACCCUCUCCUUCCUCCCCAUGGUAGAAGGGCUCUGUCAGCCUGUUGAUACCCCCUCUCCUUCCUCCCCAUGGUAGAAGGGCUCUGUCAGCCAGUUGAUACCCUCUCCUUCCUCCCCAUGGUAGAAGGGCUCUGUCAGCCUGUUGAUACCCCCUCUCCUUCCUCCCCAUGUAGAAGGGCUCUGUCAGCCUGUUGAUACCCUCUCCUUCCUCCCAUGGUAGAUGGGCUCUGUCAGCCUGUUGAUACCCCCUCUCCUUCCUCCCCAUGGUAGAAGGGCUCUGUCAACCUGUUGAUACCCUCUCCUUCCUCCCCAUGGUAGAAGGGCUCUGUCAGCCUGUUGAUACCCCCUCUCCUUCCUCCCCAGGUGUUCAGGAAAGACCUGAUCAGUGCCAUGAAGCUGCCUGACUCUCACCAUGUCUCCCCUGAAGACUACUAUCUGCUGGGGGACACCUGGAGACAGGAGUGGGAGAAGGGUGUGCAGGUGCCGGCCUUCCCCGAAACCAUCCCACACGCCUCCAUCAGGUAACCAUACAACACACCUGUCUCCUCCUGUCUUAACAACACACCUGUCUCCUCCUGUCUUAACAACACACCUGUCUCCUCCUGUCUCCUCCUGUCUCCUCCUGUCUCCUCCUGUCUCCUCCUGUCUCCUCCUGUCUUAACAACACACCUGUCUCCUCCUGUCUCCACCUGUCUCCUCCUGUCUCCUCCUGUCUUAACAACACACCUGUCUCCACCUGUCUCCUCCUGUCUCCACCUGUCUCCUCCUGUCUCCUCCUGUCUCCUCCUGUCUCCUCCUGUCUUAACAACACACUGCCAUACUUUUCCCUUUGUGGUGCAGGGAGUUGCAGCACCAAAAUCCACAUAGUAAAAAAUACUAUUUAAAGCAGGUGAAGUCUUGUGUGUGGAGUUAUUUUCUUCUGCAAUGUGAGAGAGAUCAGCCCUCCUGGGAAUUGGCCUAUAGGGAUAGAUUGGAAUGUUCCUUCCAGAAGUAAUAUGGAAUGCAUAACUAUGGUAGCAAUUAAAAGGGAACCGUUUGGAGAUAAUGAUUAGACUAAAGGUGAGGAGAUGAUGGCUGAAUGAUUAGACUAAAGGUGAGGAGAUGAUGGCUGAAUGAUUAGACUAAAGGUGAGGAGAUGAUGGGUGAAUGAUUAGACUAAAGGUGAGGAGAUGAUGGGUGAAUGAUUAGACUAAAGGUGAGGAGAUGAUGGGUGAAUGAUUAGACUAAAGGUGAGGAGAUGAUGGGUGAAUGAUUAGACUAAAGGUGAGGAGAUGAUGGGUGAAUGAUUAGACUAAAGGUGAGGAGAUGAUGGCUGAAUGAUUAGACUAAAGGUGAGGAGAUGAUGGGUGAAUGAUUAGACUAAAGGUGAGGAGAUGAUGGGUGAAUGAUUAGACUAAAGGUGAGGAGAUGAUGGGUGAAUGAUUAGACUAAAGGUGAGGAGAUGAUGGGUGAAUGAUUAGACUAAAGGUGAGGAGAUGAUGGGUGAAUGAUUAGACUAAAGGUGAGGAGAUGAUGGGUGAAUGAUUAGACUAAAGGUGAGGAGAUGAUGGGUGAAUGAUUAGACUAAAGGUGAGGAGAUGAUGGGUGAAUGAUUAGACUAAAGGUGAGGAGAUGAUGGGUGAAUGAUUAGACUAAAGGUGAGGAGAUGAUGGCUGAAUGAUUAGACUAAAGGUGAGGAGAUGAUGGGGGAAUGAUUAGACUAAAGGUGAGGAGAUGAUGGGGGAAUGAUUAGACUAAAGGUGAGGACACAUCAGUUCACCUGACACAAGUCAGAGUCCAAACACUACACUGUUGACUUUAUUUACAUUUUACAUUUGCUGUACUUUUCACAGCAUUUGUUGAUAACGAAAUCUGAAAAUACUCUGGAUACAUUCAGUAACAUGAACGUGCAAUGUAAGACAAAAAAAUGCCAAGCGUUUGAGUGAGAGGUCUAACUGCUGUCUCCAAGUGGCCACACCCCUCUCCAGACUGUGGGUUUGAGUGAGCGGUCUAACUGCUGUCUCCAAGUGGCCACACCUCUCCAAAGUGUGCACAGUUCCUAAGGAAUGUCAAUGGACUUUUAUGAUUCAAAGAAGAGUCUUAAAUUAUAAGGAACCAUUUCCGUUGAGGAACUAGAGCCUGCACACUCUGUUUGGAGCAUAGUCCUCCAUCCCGGAUGUUUACACAAUCCAGAAAUGGUCCAUUUAUAUAAAUCCCAAUCUGGGUCAGUUGGGCAUCAUUUGAAAGCUUGUUCUAUUGCCAACAUGACUAGCUAAAUGAUAAAAUAAGAUCUUUCAGUGUCAGGCUUUCACAAGGCAGUUCAGAGAAGCAUGUCGUCUUCUUGGUGCUCAUUGAAUGGAGUCAUGCGUGCAUUUCGACGUGUGGUCCGGCAAAUAUUCUUCAUAAUAUACACCGGCUCAUUCUGUACAGGACAAUACAGGGUAUAACACCAUGUCAUCUUGUAACAAGGUGCACAUUUGGACUCACGGGUGUUUCCCUUGCUUGUAUGACAUCAAAGCGGUAUUUAUUAUAAACCUUUUCUAAAUGCAUAGAGUCCUCAUCAUUUACAGCAAUUCCCUCACUCAGACAAAAAGAAGUGUGCAGAAGUUGGCCAAUUAGCAGGAGGGACGGGGCGAAGUUGGCCAAUUAGCAGGAGGGACGGGGGCAACUUGUUGUGAUCAAGUUCAGAACGGCUGUCAGUCAAAACCCACACAGCGCUGUGAAGCGCAGACCCUGAGCUCUGACGUCAUGUAUAGCAUGUUACUGUCCAGAACCAGAGCUCUGACGUCAUGUAUAGCGUGUUACUGUACAGGCCCAGAGCUCUGACGUCAUGUAUAGCAUGUUACUGUCCAGCCACUGAGCUCUGACGUCAUGUAUAGCAUGUUACUGUCCAGCCACUGAGCUCUGACGUCAUGUAUAGCAUGUUACUGUCCAGAACCAGAGCUCUGACGUCAUGUAUAGCAUGUUACUGUCCAGCCACUGAGCUCUGACGUCAUGUAUAGCAUGUUACUGUCCAGCCACUGAGCUCUGACGUCAUGUAUAGCAUGUUACUGUCCAGCCACUGAGCACUGACGUCAUGUAUAGCAUGUUACUGUCCAGCCACUGAGCUCUGACGUCAUGUAUAGCAUGUUACUGUCCAGCCCACUGAGCUCUGACGUCAUGUAUAGCAUGUUACUGUCCAGCCCACUGAGCUCUGACGUCAUGUAUAGCAUGUUACUGUCCAGCCACUGAGCUCUGACGUCAUGUAUAGCGUGUUACUAUCCAGAACCAGAGCUCUGACGUCAUGUAUAGCGUGUUACUGUCCAGACACUGAGCUCUGACGUCAUGUAUAGCAUGUUACUGUCCAGAACCAGAGCUCUGACGUCAUGUAUAGCAUGUUACUGUCCAGCCACUGAGCUCUGACGUCAUGUAUAGCGUGUUACUAUCCAGAACCAGAGCUCUGACGUCAUGUAUAGCGUGUUACUGUCCAGACACUGAGCUCUGACGUCAUGUAUAGCAUGUUACUGUCCAGAACCAGAGCUCUGACGUCAUGUAUAGCGUGUUACUGUCCAGCCACUGAGCUCUGACGUCAUGUAUAGCGUGUUACUGUCCAGAACCAGAGCUCUGACGUCAUGUAUAGCAUGUUACUGUACAGACCCAGAGCUCUGACGUCAUGUAUAGCAUGUUACUGUCCAGCCACUGAGCUCUGACGUCAUGUAUAGCAUGUUACUGUCCAGCCACUACGUUACAAUUUAGGUGCUUAUCAGUGUCCAAAUCUGCCAUUUUCAACCCGUCUACGGGUAUGAGAUUAAAGAGCUAUGCUUUGUUCUGAGAGAGAACGCCACUAUAUAUUAUAUAUGCAGCUGUCUGGGUGAUAUAGGAGAGAGAGCCACUAUAUAUGCAGCUGUCUGGGUGAUAUAGGACCUUUUUUUUUAUAGAGGGUAUGAGUUUAAAGAGCUACUGGCUCUCUCUGUUUUUCUGGGUACUGGACGACUUCACAAGUUGCGAGUGAUUCCUUACAAUUGUUUGCAUUUGUUUCUGUAGGAACAUAGCGGAGAAGCCUAAGGAGGUGUUAUUCACUCUCCAGAGGAGGUAUAUCCAGUGCUGGAGUCAGGACUCGACAGAGACGGGUUAUGUUAACAUCAAGGAGCUGGCUGAAGCCAUGUGUCCUUAUGAUCUGGAUGACAUGGACCUCUACUGGCUGCAGGCUCUCAACGCUGAGCUAGGACACAUGGGUAAGGACCACAAACCUUCUCAUAGGCUGGGACACAUGGGUAAGGACCACAAACCUUCUCAUAGGCUGUGGCUGCGUUCCAAAUGGCACCCUAAAGGCAUCCGCCCGUUUACAUCGGUUGGGUUUGCUCCUGGCAGAAUUAUACGCUUGAAAACAAGAAAAAAGCGGCAAUAGUACUGUUUGUCCCUCUUGAGACGCUGUAGCAACAACAGCCAAUAUACUACUUCCUCAAAAUAGUCAAAAUGAAUCUAAGAUAAAUAAAUCUGUAAUGAAUUUUGACGUUUUUGCUGAGGUCAUGCAAUUUUACAUCUUAAGAUAUUUGGUCCAGUAUUUCUCAAGUGAAAAAAUGUGCAUGAAAACUAGUAGUUGCUUGUUGAAUGACAAACACUUAAUUGAAGAAUCCUGUCUAUAGUUACCACUAGGAGUAGUACUGUUGACCAAUCACAGACACUAGGAGUAGUACUGUUGACCAAUCACAGACACUAGGAGUAGUACUGUUGACCAAUCACAGACAAAGGGGGGUAGACUUCAGCUACCGAACUUCGACUUGCCUCAAGAAAAAAUGUGUGUGCUGGAACAGCCCCCCCCAAAAAAAACUGCCGAACACCAAAACGAGAGAAAAAAGUCACAACAUUUCAUAAUAUAUGCUUGAACUGUUUAGACUGGGAAGCAUGUGACAUGCUUCACACCACCACCUUCCAGGGGAUUGGCUUGAGUAAGGCUCUGCCCAGAUUGGCUCAUCUUGAUCACAUAAUGAGUGGUUAUUUGGAGUGCAAGGUGAUUUGGAACCUUGGUGAUGCUGCUCUUCCCUCAGUAUCUUAUGGGGCUUGCUCUUCCCUCAGUAUCUUAUGGGGCUUUGUGGAGAACAGAGGAGUGUGGCUACGGGCAGCAACGCUGUCGUUGUCAAAUUCAAUCAAAUGUAUUUAUAAUCAGCAGAUGUUCUUCUGUCUCUCUGGGUCUAACUGUGCUUAUCUCUCUGGGUCUAACUGUGCUUAUCUCUCUGGGUCUAUCUGUGCUUAUCUCUCUGGGUCUAACUGUGCUUAUCUCUCUGGGUCUAACUGUGCUUAUCUCUCUGGGUCUAACUGUGCUUAUCUCUCUGGGUCUAACUGUGCUUAUCUCUCUGGGUCUAACUGUGCUUAUCUCUCUGGGUCUAACUGUGCUUAUCUCUCUGGGUCUAACUGUGCUUAUCUCUCUGGGUCUAACUGUGCUUAUCUCUCUGGGUCUAUCUGUGCUUAUCUCUCUGGGUCUAACUGUGCUUAUCUCUCUGGGUCUAACUGUGCUUAUCUCUCUGGGUCUAACUGUGCUUAUCUCUCUGGGUCUAACUGUGCUUAUCUCUCUGGGUCUAUCUGUGCUAUGUCAUUCCCCAGGGGAGGGUCCUGUAGACGAGCUGACAAUGGAGCGCACCAUGGAGGCUUUGGAGCGUCAUUGCCAUGACAACAUGAACCAUGCCAUCGACACGGUAGAAGGGCUGGGCAUCGAGUACGACGAGGACGUCAUCUGUGACGUGUGUCGCUCCCCCGACAGCGAGGAGGGCAACGACAUGGUCUUCUGUGACAAGUGUAACAUCUGUGUUCAUCAGGUAGGAACCUGACUGCCUACUAACUAGAGAAAUAUAUAAUACGAAUUAUAAACUGGGUGGGUCGAGCCCUGAAUGCUGAUUGGCUGACAGCCGUGGUAUAUCAGACAGUAUACCAUGGGUAUGACAAAAAGUUGCUUUUUACUGCUCUAAUUACGUUGGUAACCAGUUUAUAACAGCAAUAAGGCCCGAGGAGGUGUGGUAUAUGGCCAAUAUACCACGGCUAAGGGCUGUAUCCUGGGACUCUGUGUUGCGUCGUUUGUAAGAACAGCCCUUAUCCGUGGUAUAUUGGCCAUAUACCACACCUCCUCGGGCCUUAUUGCUUAAAUAUACACUACCGGUCUCAAGUUUAGAACACACUGUUAGCCUCAACAGCACUCUGUAGGGUAGCACCAUGGUGUAGCCGGAGGACAGCUAGCUUCCAUCCUCCUCUGGGUACAUUGACUUCAAUACAAAACCUAGGAGGCUCAUGGUUCUCACCCCCCUUCCAUAGACUUAUACAGUAAUUAUGACAACGUCCAGAGGACGUCCUCCAACCUAUCAAAUCAAACUUUAUUUGUCACAUGGGCCGAAUACAACAGAUGUAGACCUUACCGUGAAAUGCUUACUUACAAUCCCUUAACCAACAAUGCAGUUCAAGGAAGAGUUAGAAAAUAUUUACUAAAUAAACUAAAGUAAAAAGUAACACAAUAAAAUAACAAUAAUGAGGCUAUAUACAGGGGGUACCGGUACCGAGUCAGUGGGCUGGGGUACAGGUUAGUCCAGGUAAUAAUGAGGCUAUAUACAGGGGGUACCGGUACCGAGUCAAUGGGCUGGGGUACAGGUUAGUCCAGGUAAUAAUGAGGCUAUAUACAGGGGGUACCGGUACCGAGUCAAUGGGCUGGGGUACAGGUUAGUCCAGGUAAUAAUGAGGCUAUAUACAGGGGGUACCGGUACCGAGUCAAUGGGCUGGGUACAGGUUAGUCCAGGUAAUAAUGAGGCUAUAUACAGGGGGUACCGGUACCGAGUCAAUGUGCGGGGGUACAGGUUAGUCGAGGUAAUUUGUACAUGUAGGUAGGGGUAAAGUGACUAUGCAUAGAUAAUAAACAGAGAGUAGGGGGGGUCAAUGUAAAUAGUCCAGGUGGCCAUUUGAUUAAUUGUUCAGCAGUCUUAUGGCUUCGGGGUAGAAGCUGUUAAGGAGCCUUUUGGACCUAGACUUGGCGCUCCGGUAUCACUUGCUGUGCGGUAGCAGAGAGAACAGUCUAUGACUUGGGUGACUGGAGUCUUUGGCAAUUUUUAGGGCCUUCCUCUGACACAGCCUGGUAUAGAGGUCCUGGAUGGCAGGAAGCUUGGCCCCAGUGAUGUACUGGGCCGUACGCACUACCCUCUGUAGUGCCUUGCGGUCGGAUGCCGAGCAGUUGCCAUACCAGGCGGUGAUGCAACCAGUCAGGAUGCUCUCGAUGGUGCAGCUGUAUAACUUUUUGAGGAUCUGGGGACCCAUGCCAAAUCUUUUCAGUCUCCUGAGGGGGAAAAGGUGUUGUCGUGCCCUCUUCACGACUGUCUUGGUGUGUUUGGUCCAUGAUAGUUUGUUGGUGAUGUGGACACCAAGGAACUUAACUCUCGACGCACUCCACUACAGCCCCGUCGAUGUUAAUGGUGGCGUGUUCGGCCCUCCUUUUCCUCUAGUCCACAAUCAGCUCCUUUGUCUUGCUCACAUUGAGCGAGAGAUUGUUGUCCUGGCACCACACGGCCAGGUCUCUGACCUCCUUCCUAUAGGCUGUCUCAUCGUUCUCAGACGUGUUGUUGCCUACCCUUACCACCUGGGGGCGGCCCGUCAGGAAGUCCAGGAUCCAGUUGCAGAGGGAGGUGUUUAGUCCCAGGGCCCUGAGCUUAGUGAUGAGCUUUGAGGGCACUAUGGUGUUGAACGCUGAGCUGUAGUCAAUGAACAGCAUUCUCACGUAGGUGUUCCUUUUGUCCAGGUGGGAAAGGGCAGUGUGGAGUGCGAUUGAGAUUGCGUCAUCUGUGGAUCUGUUGAGGCGAGUUGGAGUCCCCUGUAGCUCAGUUGGUAGAGCAUGGCGCUUCCAACGCCAGGGUUGUGGGUUCGUUUCCCACGGGGGGCCAGUAUGGAAAUGUAUGUACCCACUAACUGUAAGUCGCUCUGGAUAAGAGCGUCUGCUAAAUGACUAAAAUGUAAAUGUCUAGGGUAUCCGGGAUGAUGCUGUUGAUGUAAGCCAUGACCAGCCUUUCACACGUCCUGGUAAUCCGUCUGGUCCCGCGGCCUUGUGAAUGUUGACCUGUUUAAAGGUCUUGCUCAUAUCGGCUACCGAGAGCGUUAUCACACAGUCCGGAACAGCUGGUGCUCUCAUGCAUGCUUCAGUGUUGCUUGCCUCGAAGCGAGCAUAAAAGGCAUUUAGCUUGUCUGGUAGGCUCUGGUCACUGGGCAGCUCGUGUCUGGGUUUCCCUUUGUAGUCCGUAAUAGUUUUCAAGCCCUGCCACAUCCGACGAGCGUCAGAGCCGGUGUAGUACGAUUCAAUCUUAAUCCUGUAUUGACGCUUUGUCUGUUUGAUGGUUCGUCGGAGGGCGUAGUGGGAUUUCUUAUAAGUGUCCGGGUUAGAGUCCCGCUCCUUGAAGCAGCAGCUCUAGCCUUUAGCUCGGUGCGGAUGUUGCCUGUAAUCCAUGACUUCUGGUUGGGAUAUGUACGUACGGUCACUGUGGGGACGACGUCGUUGAUGCACUUAUUGAUGAAGCCGGUGACUGAGGUGGUAAACUCCUCAAUGCCAUUGGAUGAAUCCCGGAACAUAUUCCAGUCUGUGCUAGGAAAACAGUCCUAUAACAUCCACUUCAUCUGACCACUUCCGUAUUGAGCGAGUCACUGGUACUUCCUGCUUUAGUUUUUGCUUGUAAGCAAGAAUCAGGAGGAUAGAAUUAUGGUCAGAUUUGCCAAAUGGAGGGCGAGGGAGAGCUUUGUAUGCGUCUCUGUGUGUGGAGUAAAGAUGGGCUAGAGGUAUUUUUAUUUUUUGCAAAUUAGGUAAAACAGAUUUAAGUUUGCCUGCAUUAAAGUCCCCGGCCACUAGGAGCGCCACUUCUGAAUUAGCAUUUUCUUGUUUGCUUAUGGCCUUAUACAGCUCGUUGAGUGCGGUCUUAGUGCCAGCAUCGGUUUGUGGUGGUAAAUAGACAGCUAGGAAUAAUAUAGAUGAGAACUCUCUUGGUAGAUAGUGGGUCUACAGUUUAUCAUGAGGUACUCUACCUCAGGCGAUCAAUACCUCAAGACUUCUGUAAUAUUAGACAUCGCGCACAAGCAGUUAUUGACAAAUGGACACACACCCCCGCCCCUCGUCUUACCAGACGUAGCUGCUCUGUCCUGCCGAUGCACGGAGAAGCCAGCCAGCUCCGUAUUAUCCGUGUCGUUGUUCAGCCACGUCUCGUGAAACAUAAUAUAUUACAGUUUUUAAUGUCCCUGGGUAGGAUAGUCUUGAUCAUAGAUCAUCCAUUUUGUUUUCCAAUCAUUGCACGUAGCCAAUAGAACGGAGGGAAGUGGAAGUUUACUCAUUCGCCUACUAAUCCUCAGAAGGCAGCCCGACCUUUGCCCGACCUUUGCCAUUGGUGGCAUUGUGUUGUGUGAUAACUGCAGAUUUUAGUGGCCUUUUAUUGUCCCCAGCACAAGGUGCACCUGUGUAAUGAUCAUGCUGUUUAAUCAGCUUCUUGAUAUGCCACACCUGUCAGGUGGAUGGAUUAUCUUGGCAAAGAGAAAUACUCCCUAACAGGGAUGUAAACAAAUGUGUGCACAAAAUUUGAGAGAAAUAUGCUUUUUUGUGGGUAUGGAAAAUAUCUGGGAUCUUUUAUUUCAGCUCAUGAAACAUGGGACCGUCACUUUACAUGUUGUAUUUAUGUUCAGUAUAGAGGAGUGUAUCUAAUAAACUGGCCACUGAAUAUAUUUACUAGUGAGGAGGGCAACGUCAUGGUCUUCUGUGACAAGGCAACAUCUGUGUUCACCAGGUAGGAAUCUGACUACCUCCUUGUGUGUUAUGUAACUCUCUCUCUUCUCCUGCCCAGGCGUGCUAUGGGAUAGUGAAGGUGCCGGAGGGUAACUGGCUGUGCAGGACAUGUGUUCUGGGCAUCGACCCCCAGUGUCAGCUGUGCCCCAUCAAGGGCGGGGCGAUGAAGGCUACGAGGGCGGGCACCAAGUGGGCACACGUCAGCUGUGCCCUGUGGAUCCCUGAGGUAAAGGAUUACUCCCUCUUCCAUUUGGGGUGGAACGAUACAUGUAUUUGUACCGAACUGUUCGGUGCAGGGACCUCGUGAACCCUGUGAAUACUUUGAAACACGCUCUGUUCUAUGCCUCUUGCGUAAAUCUGAGCUGGGGGGGGGGGGGGGGGAUUUUUAAUUGGCGCAUUUCAAACGGUCCUUUUGUGAGGGGCGGCCGGGAGCUAGUUCUGUACAAUGGAGAGUGGUGGGGUCUAUAAACCAGGAGGAUUCUCUAUAACUAGUUCUGUACCAUGGUGAGUGGUGGGUGGGGGUCGAUAAACCAGGAGGAUUCUCUAUAACUAGUUCUGUACCAUGGUGAGUGGUGGGGGUCGAUAAACCAGGAGGAUUCUCUAUAACUAGUUCUGUACCAUGGUGAGUGGUGGGGGUCUAUAAACCAGGAGGAUUCUCUAUAACUAGUUCUGUACCAUGGAGAGUGGUGGGGUCGAUGCUUCUAGCUCCUAAGCAACAGACAUGGCAGCUCUGCUUCUAGCUCCUAAGCAACAGACAUGGCAGCUCUGCUUCUAGCUCCUAAGCAACAGACAUGGCAGCUCUGCUUCUAGCUCCUGAGCAACAGACAUGGCAGCUCUGCUUCUAGCUCCUGAGCAACAGACAUGGCAGCUCUGCUUCUAGCUCCUAAGCAACAGACAUGGCAGCUCUGCUUCUAGCUCCUAAGCAACAGACAUGGCAGCUCUGCUUCUAGCUCCUAAGCAAUAGACAUGGCAGCUCUGCUUCUAGCUCCUAAGCAAUAGACAUGGCAGCUCUGCUUCUAGCUCCUAAGCAACAGACAUGGCAGCUCUGCUUCUAGCUCCUAAGCAACAGACAUGGCAGCUCUGCUUCUAGCUCCUGAGCAACAGACAUGGCAGCUCUGCUUCUAGCUCCUAAGCAACAGACAUGGCAGCUCUGCUUCUAGCUCCUAAGCAACUUUGCAGUAUUUCUUUUUUUUGUGUUAUAUCUUACAUUAUUAGCCCAGAAAGUUUUUUUAGUUAUAACAUACAGCCGGAAAUAACUUUUGGAUAUCAGUGGCGGUAACUCACCAGCAUUACGACCAAAAAUAAGACUUUUCCGAAUUGGAUCCUUUGUUCCCCAAGGCAACUGAACUUAUCCCAGAGGCUGCUCCAAGACGCUGCCUGCGGAGAAGAAGUAUUCGGAGUGGACUUCUAGUCCGACUCAGGAGGCGUGCACACCAUCCACCACUUCCGAGUAUAUUACUCGCUAAUGUUCAGUCUCUGGACAAUAAAGUAGACGAGCUCAGGGCGAAGAUCUCCUUCCAGAGACACAUCAGGGACUGUAACAUAUUCUGUUUCACGGAAUCAUGGCUCUCUCCGGAUAUACUGUCCCCGUCCAUACAGCCAGCUGGGUUCUCAGUACAUCGCGCAGACAGGAAUAAAGAACUCUCCAGGAAGAAGAAAGGCGGUGGUUUAUGUUUCAUGAUUAACUACUCAUGGUGUGAUAGUGGCAAUGUACAGGAACUGUAGUCCUUUUGUUCACCCGACCUAGAAUACAUCACAAUCAAAUGCCGACCGUAUUACCUCCCAAGAGAAUUCUCUUCGGUUAUAGUCCCAGCCGUGUAUAUUCCCCCUCAAGCUGAAACCACGACGGCCCUCAAGGAACUACACUGGACUUACUUUAUGCAAACUGGAAACCCCAUAUCCUGAGGCUGCAUUUAUUGUAGCUGGGGAUUUUAACAAAGCAAAUUUGAGGAAAAUGCUACCGAAGUUCUAUCAACGCAUUGACUGUAGUACUCACACUAUUCAAUGCUGGUCUGACCAAUUGGAAUCCAUGCUUCAAGAUUGCUUUGAUCACACGAACUGGGAUAUGUUCCAGGUUGCUUCUGAGAAUAACAUAGACGAAUACACUGACAUGGUGACUGAGUUCAUCAGGAAGUGUACAGGGGAUGUUGUGACUUAAAACCUACCCAAACCAAAAACCGUGGAUAGACGGCAGCAUUCGCACAAAACUGAAAGCGCGAACCACUGCAUUUAACCAUGGCAAGGUGACUGGGAAUAUGGUUGAAUACAAACAGUGUAGUUAUUCCCUCCGUAAGAAAAUCAAACAGGCAAAACGUCAGUACAGAGACCAAGUGAGGUCGCAAUUCAACAACACGAGACGUAUGUGGCAGGGUCUACAGACAAUCACGGAUUACAAAGGGAAAACCAGCCACGUCGCCGACACCGACGUUUUGUCCCGGACAAGCUAAACUCCUUCCCCCGCUUUGAAGAUAACACAGUGCCACCGACGCGGCCACUACCAUGGACUGUGGGCUCUCGUUCUCCGUGACCGAAGUGAGUAAGACAUUUAAGCGUGUUAACCCUCGCAGGGCUGCCAGCCCAGACGGCAUCCAUAGCUGUGUCCUCAGAGCAUUGCAGACCAGCUGGCUGGUGUGUUCAUGGACAUCUCUCUCUAUCCCAGUCUGCUGUCCCCACUUGCUUCAAGAUGGCCACCAUUGUUCCUGUACCCAAGAAAGCAAAGGUAACUGAACUAAAUGAAGUGCUUUGAGAGGCUAGUUAAGGAUCAUAUCACCUCCACCUUACCUGUCACCCUAGACCCACUUCAAUUUGCUUACCGCCCCAAUAGAUCCACAGACGAUGCAAUUGCUAUCACACUGCACACUGCCCUAUCCCAUCUGGACAAGAGGAAUACCUAUGUAAGAAUGCUGUUCAUUGACUAUAGCUCAGCCUUCAACACCAUAGUACCCUCCAAGCUCGUCAUUAUGCCCUGGAUCUGAACUGGGUCCUGGACUUUCUGAUGGGCCGCCCCCAGGUGGUGAGGGUAGGAAACAACACCUCCACUACACUGAUCCUCAACAUAGGGGCCCCACAAGGGUGCGUGCUCAGCCCCCUCCUGUACUCCCUGUUCACCCAUGACUGCGUGGCCAAGCACGCCUCCAACGUUUGCAGACGACACAACAGUGGUAGGCCUGAUAGCCUACAGGGAGGAGGUGAGGUCCCUGGCGGAGUGGUGCCAGGAAAAUAACCUCUCCCUCAACGUCAACAAAACGAAGGAGCUGAUCGUGGACUUCAGGAAACAGCAGAGGGUGCACCCCCCUAUCCACAUCGACAGGACCACAUUGGAGAAGGUGAGAAGUUUCAAGUUCCUCAGCGUACACAUCACUGACAAUCUGAAAUGGUCCCCACAGACUGUGGUGAAGAACCUCAGGAGGUGGAAGAAAUUCACAAACUUUUACAGAUGCACAAUUGAGAGCAUCCUGUCAGGCUGUAUCACCGCCUGGUACGGAAACUGCACCGCCCGCAACAGCAGGGCUCUCCAGAGGGUGGUGCGGUCUGCCCAACGCAUCACCGGGGGCAAACUAAUAAUAUAAUAAUAAUAUGCCAUUUAGCAGACGCUUUUAUCCAAAGCGACUUACAGUCAUGCGUGCAUACAUUUUUUUGUGUAUGGGUGGUCCCGGGGAUCGAACCCACUACCUUUUGCGUUACAAGCGCCGUGCUCUACCAGCUGAGCUACAGAGGACCACAAACUACCCGCCCUCCAAGACACAUACAGCACCCGAUGUCACAGAAAGGCCAAAAAGAUAAUCAAGGACAUCAACCACCCGAGCCACUGCCUGUUCACCCCGCUAUCAUCCAGAAGGCGAGGUCAGUACAGGUGCAUCAAAGCUGGGACCGAGAGACUGAAAAACAGCUUCUAUCUCAAGGCCAUCAGACUGUUAAACAGCCAUCACUAGCCGGCUACCACCCGGAUACUCAACCCUGCACCUUAGAGGCUGCUGCCCCAUAUACAUAGACAUGGAAUCACUGGCCACUUUAAUAAUGGAAUCACUGGUCACUUUAAUCAUGUUUACAUACUACUUUACUCAUCUCAUAUGUAUAUACUGUAUUCUACAGUAUUGUAGUCACUCUGACAUUGCUCGUCCUAAUAUUUAUAUAUUUCUUAAUUCCAUUCUUUUACUUUUAGAUUUGUGUGUAUUGUUGUGAAUUGUUAGAUACUACUGCACUGUUGGAGCUAGGAACACCAGCAUUUUGCUACACCCGCAAUAACAUCUGCUAAAUGUGUCCAAUGUGACCAAUAAAAUGUGAUUUGAUUUGAGUGGGAGAUGUACCGUGCUCCAGAUACGCCCCCAGCAGCGUUCGUAACCAAGAUGGAAGUGGGAAUCUACUCCCAACUGGUAAUUACUAAUGGGAAAAUAUCAUCCGGAGCUCACACUUCCCCCACAUGCUGACCUCUGACCUCACCUACUAAGGAAAUUACCUCAAUAACAGCAUGUUCGGCAGUUAAAUACAUCAACAAAAACAUUCUGUAUAUAGAGCUAUCAAUGUGUGUUUUUUUUUUAACUACACUGCUCAAAAAAAUAAAGGGAACACUAAAAUAACACAUCCUAGAUCUGAAUGAAUGAAAUAAUCUUAUUAAAUACUUUUUUCUUUACAUAGUUGAAUGUGCUGACAACAAAAUCACACAAAUUAUCAAUGGAAAUCAAAUUUAUCAACCCAUGGAGGUCUGGAUUUGGAGUCACCCUCAAAAUUAAAGUGGAAAACCACACUACAGGCUGAUCCAACUUUGAUGUAAUGUCCUUAAAACAAGUCAAAAUGAGGCUCAGUAGUGUGUGUGGCCUCCACGUGCCUGUAUGACCUCCCUACAAUGCCUGGUCAUGCUCCUGAUGAGGUGGCGGAUGGUCUCCUGAGGGAUCUCCUCCCAGACCUGGACAAAAGCAUCCGCCAACUCCUGGACAGUCUGUGGUGCAACGUGGCGUUGGUGGAUGGAGCGAGACAUGAUGUCCCAGAUGUGCUCAAUUGGAUUCAGGUCUGGGGAAUGGGCGGGCCAGUCCAUAGCAUCAAUGCCUUCCUCUUGCAGGAACUGCUGACACACUCCAGCCACAUGAGGUCUAGCAUUGUCUUGCAUUAGGAGGAACCCAGGGCCAACCGCACCAGCAUAUGGUCUCACAAGGGGUCUGAGGAUCUCAUCUCGGUACCUAAUGGCAGUCAGGCUACUUCUGGCGAGCACAUGAAAGAAAUGCCACCCCACACCAUGACUGACCCACCGCCAAACCGGUCAUCCUGGAGGAUGUUGCAGGCAGCAGAACGUUCUCCACGACGUCCACAGGGCGCCAGUGGCGAAUUUGCCAAUCUUGGUGUUCUCUGGCAAAUGCCAAACGUCCUGCACGGUGUUGGGCUGUAAGCACAACCCCCACCUGUGGACGUCGGGCCCUCAUACCACCCUCAUGGAGUCUGUUUCUGACCGUUUGAGCAGACACAUGCACAUUUGUGACCUGCUGGAGGUCAUUUUGCAGGGCUCUGGCAGUGCUCCUCCUUGCACAAAGGCGGAGGUAGCGGUCCUGCUGCUGGGUUGUUGCCCUCCUACGGCCUCCUCCACGUCUCCUGAUGUACUGGCCUGUCUCCUGGUAGCGCCUCCAUGCUCUGGACACUACGCUGACAGACACAGCAAACCUUCUUGCCACAGCUCGCAUUGAUGUGCCAUCCUGAAUGAGCUGCACUACCUGAGCCACUUGUGUGGGUUGUAGACUCCGUCUCAUGCUACCACUAGAGUGAAAGCACCGCCAGCAUUCAAAAGUGACCAAAACAUCAGCCAGGAAGCAUAGGAACUGAGAAGUGGUCUGUGGUCACCACCUGCAGAACCACUUCUUUAUUGGGGGUGUCUUGCUAAUUGGCUAUAAUUUCCACCUGUUGUCUAUUCCAUUUGCACAACAGCAUGUGACAUGUAUUGUCAAUCAGUGUUGCUUCCUAAGUGGACAGUUUGAUUUCACAGAAGUGUGAUUGACUUGGAGUUACAUUGUGUUGUUUAAGUGUUCCCUUUAUUUUUUUGAGCAGUGUAUAUAAUUAGUUUACAAUCAUGAUAGCUGUGCUUUUAGUUUAUGGUUGACGCAGCUUGUUGGCCAUUAGCCAACCUGCAGUUCUCAACGAGUUGAAAUCACAUGGAUCCAACUGGUAUUUUUGACUUCACAGCUGGUAAAUUCCCACCUGGUUAAGAAACGCAGCAUCCGAGUGGAAACAAUCCUGUUGCAACAGACAAUGCAAGAAAUGGCAUUUAAUUUUCCCGCUGUAACAAAACCGAACUGUGACCCCCAAAACCGCAAUACGUACUGAACCGUGGGUUUGGUGAACUGUUUACACCCCUAAUUCAUAGAGCACUACUUUUGACCAGGGCCUAAAUGAAGGGUCUGAGGUAUAACCUUAAAACACCCAAAUUGCAUUUUAUACUUUAGCUCCAAUAAAACAUUAAAACACAGAAUCAAACGAUUUCUUUAUUCUCCUGUCAGAAUGUGUUAAUAAUGGUAAAUCACAACAUUAAAGCUUACUAACAGUGUGUUCUUCAUGUGUCUGCAGGUGAGCAUAGCGUGUCCAGAGAGGAUGGAGCCCAUCACCAAGGUGUCUCACAUCCCCCCCUCCCGCUGGGCUCUCAUCUGCAGCCUCUGUAAACUGAAGACUGGAGCCUGCAUACAGGUGAGUCAUGCUGUCUGCACGGAGCUAGGACUGCGUGUUUGUAGUAGCUAGUGAAAUGUUUGUAUUAGUUGUGUGUCAGGAUCAGUCAAUGAACCCAUCCUUAUCCUCUCCAUCCCCCAGAGUUCAACCCUCCUUAUCCUCCUCCAUCCCCCAGAGUUCAACCCUCCUCCAUCCCCCAGAGUUCAACUCUCCUUAUCCCAGAGUUCAACUCUCCUUAUCCUCUUCCAUCCCCCAGAGCUCAACCCUUCUCCAUCCCCCAGAGUUCAACUCUCCUUAUCCUCCUCCAUCCCCCAGAGAUCAAGCCUCCUUAUCCUCCUCCAUCCCCCAGAAAUCAAGCCUCCUUAUCCUCCUCCAUCCCCCAGAGUUCAACCCUCCUUAUCCUCCUCCAUCCCCCAGAGUUCAACCCUCCUCCAUCCCCCAGAGUUCAACUCUCCUUAUCCUCCUCCAUCCCCCAGAGAUCAAGCCUCCUUAUCCUCCUCCAUCCCCCAGAGAUCAAGCCUCCUUAUCCUCCUCCAUCCCCCAGAGAUCAAGCCUCCUUAUCCUCCUCCAUCCCCCAGAGAUCAAGCCUCCUUAUCAUCCUCCAUCCCCCAGAGUUCAACCCUCCUCCAUCCCCCAGAGUUCAACUCUCCUUAUCCUUCUCCAUCCCCCAGAGAUCAACUCUCCUUAUCCUUCUCCAUCCCCCAGAAAUCAACCCUCCUUAUCCUCCUCCAUCCCCCAGAGUUCAAGCCUCCUCCAUCCCCCAGAGUUCAACUCUCCUUAUCCUCCUCCAUCCCCCAGAGUUCAACUCUCCUAUCCUCCUCCAUCCCCCAGAGUUCAACCCUUCUCCAUCCCCCAGAGUUCAACCCUCCUUAUCCUCCUCCAUCCCCCAGAGAUCAAUCCUCCUUAUCCUCCUCCAUCCCCCAGAGAUCAAGCCUCCUUAUCCUCCUCCAUCCCCCAGAGAUCAAGCCUCCUUAUCAUCCUCCAUCCCCCAGAGUUCAACCCUCCUCCAUCCCCCAGAGUUCAAACCUCCUCCAUCCCCCAGAGUUCAACUCUCCUUAUCCUUCUCCAUCCCCCAGAGAUCAACCCUCCUUAUCCUCCUCCAUCCCCCAGAGAUCAACUCUCCUUAUCCUUCUCCAUCCCCCAGAGAUCAACCCUCCUUAUCCUUCUCCAUCCCCCAGAAAUCAACCCUCCUUAUCCUCCUCCAUCCCCCAGAGUUCAAGCCUCCUCCAUCCCCCAGAGUUCAACUCUCCUUAUCCUCCUCCAUCCCCCAGAGUUCAACUCUCCUUAUCCUUCUCCAUCCCCCAGAAAUCAAUCCUCCUCAUCCCCAGAGUUCAACCCUCCUCCAUCCCCCAGAGUUCAACUCUCCUUAUCCUCCUCCAUCCCCCAGAGUUCAAAGCUCCUUAUCCUCCUCCAUCCCCCAGAGAUCAACCCUCCUUAUCCUCCUCCAUCCCCCAGAGAUCAAGCCUCCUUAUCCUCCUUCAUCCCCCACUGUGCUCGGUGAAGAACUGCACCGUUCCAUGUGUGCCUUGUAGUAUAUGUCUGUAUUAUUCUGAUAUAGUUAAUGAUGUGUAUAUUCUGUUGUGUUGGGUCUCAUCCCUCUCAGUGCUCCGUGAAGAACUGCACCAUCCCGUUCCAUGUGACGUGUGCCUUCGAGCACAGCCUGGAGAUGAAGACCAUCCUGGAUGAAGGAGACGAGGUGAAGUUCAAGUCCUACUGCCUGAAGCACAGCAAGCCCAAGAACCAGGCCUCCUCCGACCCACCGGCCCCCGGCCUCAGCCCCUGUCAGCCAGCCCACAGCAAGCAGCCCAAGGCAGGCGAGCCAGGCUCCGUUCUCAGCCCGGCCCGGCCCAAACCCCCCAUAGACCCAGAGAGGGGGGGCCUGAGGGCCCAGAGGUUAUUAGAACUGGAGGAGGGGUUUUAUACUCUGAUCCACCCUGAGGAGCUGGCCCUGAACCUGGGCCUACCUCGCACCCUGCUGGACUUCAUCUACCAGUACUGGAAACUGAAGAGGAAGAGCAACUUCAACCGUGCUCUGCUGCCCCCUAGUGAGGAGGAGAACCUGCUGCUGUUGCCUCAUGAAGACAGCAUCCACACACGAAUGAGGAUGUUCAUGCACCUCCGACAGGACUUAGAGAGGGUUAGUAUUACUUAUUAGUUAGAUAUUUAAUAUAGAUAUAUUAGAAGACAGCGUCUACAUACGAAUAAGGAUGUUCCUGCAGGAGGGAGUGGUUGAUUACAUUAGAUCAGGGCUCUCCAACCCUGUUCCUGGAGAAACCCUCCUGUAGGUUUUAACUCCAACCCUGUUCCUGGAGAGAUACCCUCCUGUAGGUUUUAACUCUAACCCUGUUCCUGGAGAGAUACCCUCCUGUAGGUUUUAACUCCAACCCUGUUCCUGGAGAGAUACCCUCCUGUAGGUUUUAACUCUAACCCUGUUCCUGGAGAGAAACCCUCCUGUAGGUUUUAACUCCAACCCUGUUCCUGGAGAGAUACCCUCCUGUAGGUUUUAACUCCAACCCUGUUCCUGGAGAGAUACCCUCCUGUAGGUUUUUGCUCCAACCCUGUUCCUGGAGAGAUACCCUCCUGUAGGUUUUAACUCCAACCCUGUUCCUGGAGAGAUACCCUCCUGUAGGUUUUAACUCCAACCCUGUUCCUGGAGAGAUACCCUCCUGUAGGUUUUUGCUCCAACCCUGUUCCUGGAGAGAUACCCUCCUGUAGGUUUUUGCUCCAACCCUGUUCCAGGAGAGAAACCCUCCUGUAGGUUUUAACUUCAACCCUGUUCCUGGAGAGAUACCCUCCUGUAGGUUUUCAGUCCAACCCUAAUCUAGCACACCUGAUUCUAAUAAUUAGCUGGUUGAUAAGAUGAACCAGGUUAGUUAUAACUGGUUGGAGUUAAAAAUCCCCAACUGGCCCCCGAGCCAAAAAGUUUGCCCACCUCUGAUUUAGAACAUACCCUUCUCUGCCAUGUUGGGUCAACGUCUGCUCUCUUGACGGCCAUGUUGGGUCAACGUCUGCUCUCUUGACGGCCAUGUUGGGUCAACGUCUGCUCUCUUGACGGCCAUGUUGGGUCAACGUCUGCUCUCUUGACGACCAUGUUGGGUCAACGUCUGCUCUCUUGACGGCCAUGUUGUGUCCCCUGCAGGUGAGGAACCUGUGUUACAUGGUGAGUCGGAGGGAAAAGCUGAAACUGUCUCAGAGCAAAGCCCAGGAGCAGAUCUUCAACCUCCACGUCAAACUGCUCAACCAGGAGGUCUCCGCUGGUAAGAUACUGGUUGUGUCUGUCUGUCUGUCAUCUCUCUAGGGUGGAGAUUGGGACUCAUGGUGUUUCUCUCUCCAGGUCUGCCUGUGUUGUUCCCGGUGGAGAGCAUGUUGUUCCGGCCUCCUCCCAGAAUCACCCUGAAGCUGAAGAUGCCCAAAGUGUCCCUGGGUAACGGGAAGACCGUCUCCAAGUCAGGCAACGGCCCCCUCUGUCCGGAUAACAGCGGGAACGUUCACCAACACAGUGGGGGAGGAGGGGGGUUGGGGGAGGGGGGGGGGAAGGGUAAAGGGGGAGGGAAGCCUCCACUCCAUGGGCGAGGCAGGAGAGAGGAGCGCUCUAAUGGCAGUCUACUCUCUACCUCAGGUCAGUCACGUAGGGAGGGCAGUACCGCCACUGGACCAGCACUGACCAACAGUACGGCCAGGGGCUCAGCCCUGCCUACUGGCAAGCCCCUGACUGGCAAAACCUUAACGGGUAAACCCCUGGCGCUCCACGGCCACUCCUCCAAUGGAAAUGUCAAACUGGACCCAGAGCGGGCGGGGCACGUCCCCAAAUCCAACGGUGUGAUGGAGAAGAUGGUAGGCGUGGCCCAGAAGGACAGCGCCUGUCAGACCCCCAGCGAACAGGAAGCCAUUGAGGGGUCAGGGGUUAAGGCCAGCCAAUCAGCCAGCUUCAGGAGGUCAACCAUGGAGCACUUCAACCAGUCGUUCAAGGAGGCGACAGUCAGCUUGGUGCGGACCACGGAGGACCUGCGGGGGGACAAGCUGUCCCAGGGGGGUAAAGGCUCCAGAUCAGCCAAGGACCGGCCCUGGGCCAAACCAGCUCCUGGAGGCUCCCAAGGACACAGUGGUACCAGACCACCACCCUACCAGGAGACGGACGGAUACUGCCCGGACCUGGAGCUCAGUGACUCGGAGCCAGAGGCUAAAGGCCAGAGGUGGAAGCAGGGUAGGGGGGGCCAGGCGGGGGGAGACUACAGCAGGGGGAACAGCAGAGGGAAGCAGGGCCUGGGGCGGUCCAGUAGGACCUCAGAACAGAGGUGA